CUUCGACGUUGACCGCCACCACCGUGUGCUCAACCCAGCAUCAUGACGAAAGCUCAUUGUUCGUCAAUCCAGCACCCACAGCAAACCCAACAGCUACGACGACAUAUUUCCCUCCACGACCCGUCGAUGAACGCUGGCUUUGAGAGCAACCACGUCCGCACGCACAAGUACACGACCGCGACGUUUGUGCCAAAAUUCCUCCUCGAAUCGUUUCGCAAAGCCGCCAACAUGUAUUUCCUCGCGGUGUGCGUUUUACAGUGUGUCAAGAGCAUCUCCAACACGAACGGCUUGCCCACGACGCUGCCAACCCUUGUGUUCAUUUUGCUUGUCGACGCUGCGUUUGCCAUCCAGGAAGACAAGAAGCGGCAUGUGGCUGAUCACGUCGCCAACCACCGCAUGGUUCAUCUUCUGAGGCACCCGUCAUCUUCUUCUUCGAUAUGUCAAUCAUCUACCGGAACGGACCAUAGUCGCGCCACUAGCGACGUAGUCUUCACGGCGCGGCCAUGGGCCGACCUCCGCGUCGGCGACUACGUCCAGUUGUUCAACCGGGAAGUGAUUCCUGCCGAUAUUCUAAUCCUGGCUGUGCAUAGUCGUGACCAGCGGCCACAAUGCAGCAGCAGUCACAACGACGACGGUGGUCACCGCCCUUUCAAUGCCGAUGUUCGUGGGGCCAUCGAGACAUUGUGCUACGUCGAAACCAAGUCGCUCGAUGGAGAAAGCAAUAUGAAAGUCCGAGAAGCACUCGACGUGACCGCAACCAGGUGUCGGGGGCCAGCAGACCUUCUAAAACUCCGGGGGCAUGUGCUAGCCGAGCCUCCCAACAACCACACACACAGUUUUAGCGGCGUGCUGACAUUGGACACAAGGUCGCCGACGACGGCAACGACAUCAAAGGAGGGGACAGUAUCGACCCCCAUCACCCUAACCAACAUGCUGCUGCGGGGGUGUACAUUGCGCAACACCGAGUUCGUCUACGGCGUCGUGGUGAGCACUGGCGGGGACACCAAGAUCAUGCGAAGCAACAAACCCACGGCUUCGAAAGUGUCUCGACUGGAUUCAUGUGUGAACCAGUACAUUGGUGUGUUGAUCCUCAUGCUCAUCGCCUGCUGCUUGAUGGCCGCGACGGGAAACUUGCUCUGGCUUUACUUUCACGAAUCGCGUACGCCAUACUUAGCGUUGUUGGAGCCACCUUCGUCGUCCAACACGACAGCUCCAUCGUCGUCGGCCACAACCUCUGCCCUCACUACCUACGGCACGACGUUUUUCUAUUACUUCCUGCUCAUGUACCAGUUCAUCCCCAUAUCGCUAUAUGUGUCCAUUGCGUCGGUCAAGUACAUUCAAGCAUGCUUUAUGAUGUGGGACGUCGACAUGUAUCACGCAGCGUCCAACACACCGGCGUUGGUGCGAUGUAUGGCUUUAAACGAAGAACUUGGUCAAGUCACCCACGUCUUCUCUGACAAAACGGGCACCCUCACAUGCAACACAAUGGAGUUCCGCAAGUGCUCUAUCGGUGGUGUCUCGUACGGGCGAGGGAGUCCCCCAGCCCGCUACUUGUCGUGGCCACCCCCAAGCCCCCUCCCCAAGCCCCUACCUACGACCACGACCCCCCACGUCAACUUCCAUGGCCCUGAGCUGUAUGCUCACAUGGAUGGCGCCGUGGGCGCCGAUCAAGCAAAGAGAAUUGACCUGUUUCUGACCGUUCUGGCUGUGUGUCACACUGUCCUGCCCGAGACGCCCUCGUUGAUGACUUCGAUCCGUCCAAGUGACGUAGACUCUGACCAGGUCAGUAAGGCCGAUUGUUCUGACCCAGCGCUGACCGCCGUAACCUACUCGGCCGCCAGCCCCGACGAGCAGGCACUAGUGUGUGCUGCAGCGUUCUUCAAGUACGCGUUCGUCAGUCGCACGCAAAAAACGACGUCAGUACGCAUCCACGACUCCCUCGUGACAUUUGACACGCUGGCCAUCUUGGAAUUCAAUUCGACGCGGAAGCGCAUGUCGGUCGUGGUGCGUUCAAAUUCGCCGAGUCGGACCAUCUACUUGUUUACGAAGGGGGCCGAUGGAGUUGUGAUGCCGCGACUGGCGCCUCCCCGAGGGACUGCCGACCGGACACUUGUGGACCUUACGAACGGACAUAUUUCAGCGUACGCGAAGGAAGGGCUGCGAACGCUGGCGGUCGCGUACAAGGAGCUGUCAGCGUCGGCGUUUUCCAAGUGGAGCGUCACGUACGACGCGGCGGUGGCGUCGCUGGACGACAUGGAACGGUUCAAGAGCGGGCAGCUGCCGAAUGCCAUCGACGAGUGUAUGGACGAGUUGGAGGUGGAGUUGCACCUGCUUGGCGCCACCGCCAUCGAAGACAAGCUACAGGACGGCGUCCCUGAGGCCGUGGGCACGUUGAUUGACGCCGGAAUGAAGCUGUGGAUGCUCACGGGGGACAAGGACGAGACCGCCAUCAACAUUGGAUACGCGUGCAACUUGCUCCAGCAAUCCAUGCGACUCAUCACGCUCACGGCCAAGAAGUUUCCCACUGCCGCUGCCACGUCCAAGGAAAUCACCGACCAGCUGUAUCAAAUCAGCAUAUCCGGAAGCGCGCCCAUAAGUGCUCCAAAGAUGUCGCGGGCGCCGUCGCUUCUCCGCAGCAGUCGCGCGCCAAGCCUUCGAAGUCGAUCGCGCACAAAGUCGCAUUUGACGCUGUCCCAGUCGCGCAUUUCGCUGCGCAACACGUCGGCCGACCCGACGGCGCUCGUCGUGGACGGCGACUGCGUCUACCACGUGAUGCGACAUUGCCCCACAACGUUCCUCAACCUCGCUCAAAAGUGUAAAGUCGUGUUGGCGUGUCGCGUGUCCCCGGCUCAGAAGGCGGCCCUGGUAGCCCUCGUCAAGGAAAACGUGCCGUCCAGUCGGACGUUGUCCAUUGGCGACGGUGCCAACGACGUGCCGAUGAUCCAGGAGGCCCACAUUGGGGUCGGCAUCUCAGGCCAAGAGGGCCUCCAAGCAGUCAACGCCAGUGACUACGCGUUGGCGCAGUUCAAAUUUCUGCGCCGGUUGCUCUUGGUCCACGGCCGUGCCAACUACGAACGUCUAGCUAAGUUGGUGCUAUACAUUGUGUACAAGAACGUCCUGUUGCUGGUGGCGCAGUUUGCAUUUUCCAUGCAGACGGGGCUGUCGGGCCAGAAAAUGUACUUGGAGUGGGGCGUGCAAGUGUACAACGUGUUGUUAACGGCGGCGCCGAUUGUCGCGCUCGCCGUGAUGGACCACGACGUCCGCGACGAGAUUGUGCUGCGACUGCCGGCGUUGUAUCGAAGUGGCCCGCUUAAUGUGCACAUCAACCAUCGCAUGUUUGGGCUCUGGGUGCUUUCGGCCGUCGUUGAAGCUGUCACGAUUGUCUUGGUGUCGGUCGCGGCGCUCGAAAAUAGCUCCGGCGUGGGUGGUGAGAGCCCCGGCUUGUGGUUUCUUGGGAACAUCGUCAUGACCCUGAUCGUCGUGGCGGCAAAUACUAAGCUUGUGUUUGUGCACCAUCGGUUCAAUGGGUUGAACCCGGUGCUGCUCGUCGGGUCCGUGGCCAUGUGGGUUGCGACUGCCGUCACCGCGUCGCACUUUCCGUUGCUCGCGGGGAUCAAUUGGUACAACAUGGUGGCGUUUACACUCGCCCAGCCGGUGGUGUGGAUCACAGUGCCGUUCGUGAUCGUCGUGGUGACCGGCUACAGCUUCGUCGUGCGAGCUAUCGCCGUCACAUGGUACCCGUCGGCGUCGGACAUUGUCAAAGAGUUUGUCCUGGUGCAAAAGACUGCCAAGAAGUCGCCAUCCCAGCGAGUGUCCAAGAUUGCACCGCAUACGAACGGACCUCCAGGUCCUGUAAGUGGACGAGCAAAGCUCAGUGGGACCCCUCAAGCUGGAAACUCCAGACUUCGCAGUGUCGUCGAGCUAGAGGCUUGACGAUACAAUUAUUUUUGCAAUAACGCUAUUGAAAAUCGUCUUACAGCCAAUCAACGAGGAGAUUGAGCUGUCUAUACUAUUUCCACCAAUAAGAAAGAGAAAUGGCCAACCGAGAG